CAAUUCAUUCGAGUGCAUUGAAAUUUUUAAUAAAAUUGUUUGUUUACUAAAAACUAAUAAAUUAAAAUAACUUACCAUACAAAUGAUCGUUUUAACAAUUUAUCACUUUCCGUUAGUGCCUUAGUUUCUAUGAUAGAUUAAGCUCAUGAAGAAUACUGUAACGCGACGUGUUUGGUUUUCAUUAUGACAAAACGCCGAAGAAUUGUACAGGCUGACAAAAUAAUACAAAAUUUUAUACAUGUGUUCACUUUAUUGAUGUUUUUGCAGUUAAAAGGAUACUACUCUUCUGCAACUAAUCCUGUAUUAUUAUAUUCAACCGCUGCUGACAUAAGAGUGGGAAAUGUGUCUAGAUUGAGCAAAGCCAAUCCUAUCAUAAAAGGUUUAGAGCAGGGAUCAGCUGUUGAUUUCUUGCACAGAAAAGACCUCAUAUGUUGGUCAGAUCAGACUGCGGAAUUGAUACAAUGUAUGCAAUACAACGAGACUUAUUACGCUGGAGAAAAGAUGCGUAUAGUGUCAGAGGGUUUAAUCACCCCCACAGGUAUUGCAAUAGAUUGGUAUACAAAUAAGUUAUAUUGGACUGACGGAGAAACUAAUAGAAUAGAAGUAAUAAGUAUUGAUGACAAGUAUAGAAAGGUAUUGUUUUGGUCAGAGGUGGACUUGGCAGUAGCUAUUGCUGUUGUUCCUAAAGCUGGAUUAAUGUUCUGGACAGAUUGGGGUGAGAUACCCAAAAUAGAAAGGGCAGGGAUGAACGGUGAUCCUGCCUCUCGUAAAGUUAUUGUUAAAGACAAUAUAUUCUGGCCAAAUGGUAUAACCAUAGACUAUAACAAUAAUUUAAUAUACUGGGUGGACUCUAAACUGCAAUUUGUUGAUGUCAUUGACUUUGAAGGAAGUAAAAGGAAGAGGAUAGUGAAAACCGGUCUAAAUUACCCAUAUGCAUUGACUUUAUUUAAUGAAAAACUUUAUUGGACUGACUGGAAAACAUGGGCCAUAUACACAUGGGAUAUAAAUACAAGUGGACCUAUAAAGGAAUUGGUCAAAACAGAUUCAGUACCCGUUGAUAUUAAAGUAUAUGAUGAGGGCAGGCAAAUUGUGCCCAGUGAUGACUAUCCCUGCAAAGUCAAUAACCAGGGAUGUUCACAUUUGUGCCUCUUAGCACCUAAUCCACCAGGUUAUGUAUGUGCAUGUCCUACUGGUGUAAAACUCAAAGAUGGGAGUAAUACAACAUGCUAUAAUGGACCUCAAUCCAUGUUAAUUGUUGCACAAAGAUCCAUUAUUUCCAAAAUAUCACUAGACUCUCCAGAUUUUACUCCAUACACGAUGCCUUUGAAAGAUCUCAAAAGAGCAAUCACUGUUGAUUUUGAUCCGAAAACAGAAUAUAUUUAUUGGACUGACAGUUUGUCAAAAACAAUAUCAAGAGCCCGUUUAGAUGGUAGUGAGCAAUCUGUAGUGAUACACAGCAGUGGAGUGCCAGAUAGCAUUGCAAUCGACCCUUUAGCAAGAAACAUUUAUUGGACUGAUCCUGUUUCUGAUACUAUUACUGUAGCGAGACUUGAUGGUAGUGCAAAAAAGGUGAUAAUUCAUGAAGAACUUUACAAUCCGCGGGCUAUUGCAUUACAUCCGACCGCCGGCUGGAUGUUUUGGUCUGACUGGAACGAAAAGAAACCUAAAAUUGAACGGGCGAAUUUAGACGGCACAGGCAGAGUGCUUCUUAUAUCGGAGAAAUUAACCUGGCCCAACGGGAUAGCACUCGACACAAAGAACAAUAAACUAUACUGGGGUGAUGCAAGGACACACAAGAUUGAGGUGUGUAACAUGGACGGCACUGACAGGCGGGAACUGCAUAAUAGUGAUAUUUUACACAUUUUUGGACUGACGCUGCUUGGACAACAUCUAUAUUGGACUGAUAUGCAAAGACGUACAAUGGACCGGAUUAAUAAGGACACAGGAUCCGAACGUCAACCUGUGGUAGAGCAAAUGGCUAACAUGAUGGGCGUGAAAGCUUUCCGACUGGGUGACCCACUGGGGUGGAAUAAAUGUGCGGACAAUAAUGGCGGAUGCUCACAUUUCUGCUUUAACAGGCCACAGGAUUAUGUGUGUAGCUGUCCUUUGGGUCUUGAACUAGGCAGUGAUAGAAAAAAUUGUAUAGAACCUGAAGCCUUCCUUGUAUACAGUCGGAAAAAUAUUAUCGGGCUGAUAAGUGUUGAGAAUGAGAAUAAUGAUGCAGUGUUACCCAUUAAAGAGCUGAAGGAAGUCAGCGCAUUAGCAGUCCAUGUCUCUGGAUCUAAGCUGUACUGGUCUGACAGUAAGACGAAGACGAUCAAUCGCUGUUCAAUAAAUGGAUCUAAUAUGGAGAAGAUUUUAGAAUGGAUGGGCUUAGUUGAAGGCCUAGCUAUUGAUUGGUCAGGACAAAAUAUAUACUGGACGGACACGGCCGGUCAGAGGAUAGAAGUUUCGAGACUCGAUGGUUCCAGCAGGCGUACUCUCAUUUGGCAAGGUCUAAAGAAACCCAAAAGUAUUGUGUUGGAUCCAAGAAAAGGUUAUAUGUACUGGUCAGAGCUCGGUUCGAAAACAAUAAAACGAGCGUCUAUGGACGGUUCUUCCCCUACCGUGCUCAUAGAGCAAGUAGGCCGCGUGCACGCUCUAGCCAUAGACAUUGAAAAGCGCGCCAUCUACUGGGCGGCGCUAGAUCCACCGACCAUAGAGUAUGCGUUCUUGAAUGGUACUGGGAGAAAAGUGCUGGCUGAUAAUAUAUCUAUGCCCUAUGCACUUGCAUUGUAUUGUGACAGAGUGUUCUGGGGUGAUUGGAAUACUGGUCUCAUAGAAGUCGCGAAGAAAGCAGAUGGUUCAAAUCGCAAAACGAUACACACGCAACUGGACUAUAUAUCAGACCUCAAAGUGUACCAUAGAGCUCGGGAUUCUCUCCCAAACCAGUGUGGGGUGGAUAAUGGGGGUUGUUCGCAUUUGUGCUUGCCGCUACCCAACAAUGACUAUAGAUGUGCCUGCCCUGCGCAUUAUCGACUCAAUCGGGAUAAUAUUUCGUGUUCUGAACCAGAAGAGUUUCUUCUAUUCGCUCAGAAGAAUGCAGUUGGUCGAAUUUUAGUCGCGAACGGCGAGUGUAACGAUGCCUUUAUACCUCUUACUGGCCUUAAGAGUGUCAAAGCGAUUGAGUAUGAUCCUGUAGAUAGGUAUUUAUACUGGAUGGACGAUGAAAGCCACUCAAUACGCCGCGUGCCCAUCUCGUAUUCGACCACAUCCGCUGUCACUGACUCUUCUGUCGUAAUUUCCGGCCUUUCUAGACCAUUCCACAUGGUCUUAGAUGUUCUAGGAAGAGCACUGUAUUGGACCUGUUUAGACACGGAUUCGAUAAAUGCAACUUCCAUAGAGAAUAAUGCUACUACGGGUACCAUAGUGAGGGGAGAGAAAAUGAUGCCGAGGCACUUGGCGUUUCAUCAGACUAAAAGGUUACUAGUAUGGAGCGACGCAGGACUAGGCGCAAUAAUGCGGUCGAGCGUGGACGGCACCGCGCAAAUAGAGCUGGCGCGCGUCACCAACGUGACGGCGCUCACGCUCGACCAGACCACGGGCACCGUGUACUGGGCGGUGGCUCGACAGAUACAUGCGGUGGAUCUCGAUACGAGUAACAGGCGCAUAGUAUGGCAAGGCGGCUGGGUGGGCUCGCUGGCAGCAUAUAGCGGCGCGCUGUACCUGGGCGGCGGCGAGCGGGCCCCGAUGCGGCUGCCGCUGCACCGCCGCGACGCGCCCGCCGCGCCCGUGCAGCACCUCGCGCGCCUGCUGGCCGCGCUCGCCGUGCUGCGGGUGUCCCGCGAGCACCCGUGCUUCGGCGGCGGCACGUGCGGCACGGCACCAGGCGCGUGCGGUGCGGGCGGCGCGUGCGGGUGCGGGCUGCGGUGCGCGCGCACACCCGCCGCGCUGCCGUGCGCGCCCGGACACCUGCUGUGCGCCGCGGACAGCGACGCGCCGCAGGACGCGCACGCGCACUGCAUACCGAUGCAUUGGAAAUGCGACGGCCAGACGGACUGCCCGGACGGGUCGGACGAGCGGUCGUGCGACGCGUGCGGCGGCGGGCUGCGCUGCGCGGACGGGGCGUGCGCGCCCGCGCUCGGCGCCUGCAACACUGGCGCGUUCUGCCAUGCCAAGCCGCUGCCCGAUGCUUUCCGAUGUGACGAUCGGCUAUGCCUCGCUCCCCGUUUGCUGUGCGACGGACAUCAGCAUUGUGAAGAUGGAUCUGAUGAAACGCCCUCCGCCUGUGGAUACGUACAGAAAGAUUCCAUGGUAACAGGCGGCUCCCGUUCCUGGCCAGCCGUAGCAGUGUGGUGUGCAGCGGCGGGCGCAUGCGCAGCGCUAGUAGGCGCUUGUGCAGCACUACGUCGCUGCAGAGCGCAACCGGCCCGCCGCCCGCCAGCUCGCCCGCUAGUGAUGAAACCACCACCCGAUUAUAAUAUGCCGAGGAUAGAUCCGUUGGACCCGUUGACGCCGUUAGCACCGCCUUCCCCGCCGCCGUCACAAGCGACGAACACAAAUUCUCUCUCCGCGUCGGACAGCCUGUGCGGGCGCUACCCGCGGCCCACGGCCAACCCGCCGCCGAGCCCGGCCACGGCCAGCAGUGCGCGGCGCCGCCCCUACCGCCACUACCGCGCCAGCAACCGCCCGCCGCCGCCCACACCCGCUUCCACCGACGCGUGCGAGUCCGAGCCCGAGCAUGCCGCGCGAGCACCCCCGCCCUCGCCCGCGCCGCUGCUGUACUGACCC